AUGAACGCGAACGGCAGCGGCACGGCACCUGAUGAGGAACGAAUUCUUCGUCUCUCCGCAUCACUCCCCGUCGCGCCGCCCCUCCACCCGUGGGCGGGCACGAUGGGGAAGGGCGGCGGCGGCCACGGCGGGCUGAAUAUCCUCCCGCAGAAGUCCUGGAACGUCUACGGCCCCGCGCAGCGACAGAGGGUGAGAGACGCGGAGGAGAAGGCCGCCGCGGAGGAGGCUGCGGAGGAGGCGGCGAGGCACGACGCGCGACGCGAGUCGAAUCUCGUCGCGCUGCGCGAGCGCGCGUCGAAGCGCCGACGCGACGACGACGACGAACUCGAACUCGACGACGCUGAAGCGCGCCUCCCCACGGAGCACAUCAACUUCUUCGCGGAGGAGGAGCGCGAGCUCGAGAAGCUCGCGGUCGAGGAAGCGAGAGCGAGGGCGCGGCCGCGAGAUGGCCCGAACGAGGACGCGCGGCUGGGCGGAUUCAACCGCGAGGAUCGUCCGUGGUACUCGCGCGCGGAGCGUUCGUUCCACGACGCGGACGAACGCCGCGGGCUCGGCGAGAGCCUCCCGGCGAAGGUGCGACGGGAGCGAGAGGAGCGCGAGGCGCUGCUCUCGCGCGGUGGGGGUGUGACGGAGAAGAAGAGGUCGUCGCGGGGGGAGAACGAUGGGGACGGGGACGACGACGAGGAGCGACGCGCGAGAGCGUCGUUAUUGCCAGAGGCGGCGGAUUCGUCGUCGAGUUCGAGUUCGAGUUCGUCGUCGUCGUCGUCGUCGUCGUCGUCGCGGCGGGACCGGAAACGUCGCAAGAAGGGCAAGAAGGACAAGAAGGAUAAGAAGGAUAAGAAGGAUAAGAAGAGAGCGGCGCGUAAGAGGGAGAAGAAGCUCGAGAAGAAACGCGAGAAGAAGGCGCGGAGAGAGAUGCGGCGUCAUCUGGAGAUCCACGGGUUGCCGCCGCGGACGACGCCCAAACUUGGCGGUCACCGGCCCGGGUUCUCGCCGUCGGACAUCGUCCGCCUGCGCGCGGAGCGGUUAGAGCGCGAGCGCGUCGAGCGCGAGCGCGAGCGCGAGCUUCAGAAGAUCGCCGCGCUGCGCGCGUCGACGGGGGGGGUCAUAGGGAGCCGCGCGUUCGAUCGAUAG